GUAUUGUUGUUAGAUAAAUAAUUUACAGAUAAAUAACUUGAUGUAUAAUUUGGUUAUACAUUAUUGCUUUUGAGAUCUAAAUCCAAAAUGAGUUCCAGAGAAGGUUUAUGUUUUCCAUGUUACAAAUGUUGCCUUAAAAAUUCAGCAAAAGAAGAAGAAACAGAAAGAGAAGAAGAUAGAGAAGGUUUACUAGAUAGACCUGAAAACACAUCGGUAGAGAUACCUGCUGGAUCAGCAGAAGGAAAUUCUUCACACAUUUCUAACCUUACAGUAGAUAAUUCCGGAUCAAUUACAGGAAAUGAAACUGGUGGUCCAGCUAAUAUUCAUGAGUUGAAUGAGAUUUUAAAAAAGAAAAUAAGAUAUAUUUUCCGAGAAUAUAUAACUUCAACAAAUAUUCUGUACGUGUUUCAUAAAUAUAAUGUGGCUGUUCUUAAUGAAUCAGAUAUAAUUGAUGUAAAAUAUAAAAUGAAAAGACACGGACCUAUUGAGGGAGCUAAUUUACUACUAGACAGACUUGUUGUAUACAAAGGAUGGUUUCAUUGUUUGAUACAAGUUUUGAAAGAUCCAAAAGUUAGAUUAUUACCUGCAGCAGAACAGUUGGAGAAAAUACAAGAUGAACUAUGCAUCAAAUAUCCUCAAUGCAUCAAGCUAACGGAGGAUGUUAGUGCAGGUGAAUCGUUGAUAACUGCAGAUAAUCCAAAUAAAGAUAAAGGGCAAAAUAGAAAUACAAGAUACAUCCCUUCGGAAGUUAAUAUCUUUCAAGAAAUAAUUGCUGAAGCAAGGCAAGAUAAUAAAAUAAUGGUGGAAGAGAUAAUAAGACUUAACGACUUAAAAACUGAAUUACAUCAGUCAUUAAAGUCAAAGGAUAUCCAAGUUGAGAAAAUGGCUAAUGGGAAUGAGGAACUAACUUUACAAUUGCUAAAAAGCCGAGAAGAAACACAAACGUUGAUGCAGCAAAUAGACUAUUUAAGUUUAAUGUUGCAAGCAAGUCAUGAAGAAAUAGAAAAGUUGGAACAACUAAAAGAUCUAGUUUGUGACUCCUGCAAAAGAAAAAGAGAAAUAAAACUGAGUAUUGAAGACAAUGAUAAACAAAAUACAGUGCAGAGGAAUGUACAGUCUAAAAAGUUGGAUAAUUGGUGGAAACUGGUAUUUCAAUUAUUUCCUCCAAUCCUAUUUCUACUUUUUCUGCCUGAAUUGUCUAUCCUCCUGAUGAGGACCCGUCAGAAACCACUGAAACAAGAACAAAUAGUCAAAGUAAUGAUUAAUUUUUUUUUGAG